AUGCGGUGCAAGCCAACACUCACAAUCGCAAGUUAUUCACUCGUCUUUUGGUGUCCGGGGCGGCCCAACGGACGAAUAGAUGUUGAUGUUAAUGUUGAUGAUAAUGAUAAUGGUGGUGGUGGUGGUUUUGAUAGCAGUAAACGGAGUGAGUGGACCCCAUGA